AUGGAUCUCGGCUCGUUAGAGGUGGAGGCAGCCAAUGCGCCCAAAGAUGGCACCAACAAUCAGGGUGUGUAUAUCUACACGCCCGCCGAUCAAAGCAAAUCCUCAGGGGAACGUCCCUCGAAACGGCGCAAGGUAGCUCCGAAGAAGGAAGAAGAACAAGAUGGAUCGAAAGCACAUCCCUUCGUACCACUCCUCAACGGCGAGGAGGACGAGCAGUCCGUCGAAGCGCGGUAUAAAACAUACCAGCAACUAUGGUCAACCCAGGAGGCCAAGAUUCAGGAAAUUCUAGAUGAUGUCGACUCCGAGGUCCUUUCCAAUGUUUCGUCCUUUGUCCGCUCGACUUCUCCUCAAACGUACGAUGGCUGUAUUCCAGCGGCAUUAGUAACCGUGGGUUCCAAUGUCUCAUCGCUGGCUCGCCUGCUGGCCAGACUCAACGAUCAAUUCACCACUGCCGGAGACGGUGGAGCUAUUGUGCUGGAAUCCGGUGAUGCGCCUAACCUCAAAACGACCCUCAAGAACAUUAUCCGAUUUGCUAUAACGAACACGGAGGGGAACGAUGGUUAUCAAUCUUCCCUUACAGACCGAGAGGGCCCUAGACUCCUCGGUUACGAUCUUGACUUGCUAGGCGACUAUGUGAAGCGGAAAGGCAUAAAGAAGUUGGUUCUUGCAUUUCGAGACAGUGAAGCCUUCGAUCCGGGCAUCCUUACGGAUCUCUUGUCUCUACUAAGCUCCUGGCUUGAUCGGAUACCAUUCACACUCUUGUUCGGCAUCUCGACGUCCGUGGAACUCUUUGAGGGGAGACUGCCGCGGUCGACUGUCGCCUUGUUACGGGGUAGAUAUUUCGAAAUACAUGAAGCGAGCAACUGCGUUGACCGCAUCUAUGGGAGGUUACAAGCAGAGCAGGAUGGGAAGAUAUGGCUGGGGAGGAACAUUACGAAUGUUUUGUUCGAGAAAUCCAAUGAUUCCUUCCAGACGCCGGAGGCCUUCAGUCGGACGGUCAAGUACGCGUACAUGUCACAUUUCUUCGCAAACCCGUUGGCGGUGCUCCUUGCAGACGAGGUGGUUCCGAGCAUGCGACAAGGUCUCGUGUGCGAGGCGAUCCGGAAUCUUCCUUCUUUCCGAUUUUAUUGCGAAGAAUUGAUUGAGCAAGGCUCGGCCAAGCAAGUGCGUGACUUGCUCGAAAACGAUGAAUGUCUCUUCCAACAAUGUCUGCAGCACUUGAAAGACGGACAGCAGAAGAUGCGCAAUCUCUUUCACCUCGUCAAGAAGACUAGCAUAUCAGAACUCUCAAUCCGUGCACUAUCAGGAGAGCUCCAAGACUCGCAAUUGGUGACCGACAUCCUUCAAUCCGCAAAGACACUAGAUUCCACCACCCUCCUGGAAGUACUAAAUAUCCUGCCUAGUGCAUUAGCAGACCGUCCCGAGCUACAGCAGGUCAAAACCGAAUUCGACGCCUUAAUACAAUCGUAUCAAGGCACCGAACCCCUUCGCACCGCCUAUGACAAGCGUCAUUCCGUCGUCGCCACAACCGUUGUCCAGCAGCGGGUGAAACUCAGCAAAAGCAAAGCAAAGCUGCCCCAAGAGCACGUUGAGUAUACCCGAAUUAUCGACCGCUUCCACGCCCUGCUCGAAGCAUAUUUUGGACAAACUCUCGAGACCCCGCAAGAUCUCGUCCUGCAUGAGAUCUUCCUCUUUGACAUGAGAAACCCUCUGAAAGAGAUCUUCUCGCCACGGCCACGCUUCGCAGUGGAACGAGCCUUGUCUAAUCCAUUCGAUUACCUCAUCUCAGACUCCCCGGAGAAAUCCGAGGCUGCUGCUAGGGUGUCCGCGAAUCAGCCCGCCACGUCUAUUCUGUAUCAGCUGUAUCUGGAGUCCGGGUCCCUGGUCAAUGUUUAUGACCUUUGGCAGGCAUUCUAUGCGGUAUUUGAAAGCGAACAGGGCGAUUCCUGUGAUGAACGCACUACCAUGGCCCUGUUUUACCGCGCUUUGUCGGAACUCAAAGCACUAGGUAUGGUAAAGAGUAGCCGCAAGAAGGCAGACCAUGUGGCGAAGAGCGCAUGGAUGGGGUUGUAG